AUGUGCGGUCUUUUCAGAACAUCAAAAGGCGUCGGAGCAACGAUAGACGGGAAGGAAGACCAAAGUCCGCCAACACUACAGAUGAGUACGAAGCGACAUGGAGUCCCGGCACAACUAAACAACUUCAGCGAAAUCAGAGCUCCUCAGCCCGUGGAGGACAAAAAUGGCGUGAAGAUCUACCUAUCUGCUUCACCGGUUGAGGAUGAGACGCUUUCCACGACGCGUCAUAUCGAGAUCAAAGAAUAUGGAAAGUGUGAUGGUCAACAGCCCUCGUGUGGUCGUUGUACCGGCUUCGGCUAUGUUUGUACCUGGGCCCGAAGGAAAGGCAUCGGCAGAUACAGUCCCCCUGUUCAAUCUCCUAGGGAGGGUCAUUUCAUUCCUUCGUCUGAUGCUCUAUCUGAGAACGGCGGUACUGAAAACAAUGCUUUAUUGAGUAGAUUGAUGAAAUCUUAUGAGUCUUUGAUCCAGAGUUUUCGACCAAAGCUGAGCGACGCUGAAAGUGCCGCGAUGGAACUUUCCCUUGAAAGCAUCCGAAGAACAUUUCCACACGCCAAGGCAUGCACAAUGAAGACUUCAAAUUUAGAAUCAGAGCCGGACGAUACUCUAGUGACCACUCCUACGUAUCUUGGCAAGGCGAGUGAAAUACAUUUCGUGGACACUGUGAUGGACUCUCUUUAUCAGCAGAAGAAAAGGCACCCUAAAAGUCGAGACACAAGCGAAAGCAAUGACAGAAGAGUGGACCUUCUAAACACCAUUUCUAUGUUUGAAAGCCCCUUGCGACUACCGUCCAAGGAAUGUGGACUUGAUUAUCUGGAUGUCUAUUUCUCCACGAUACAUGUUGCUUAUCCAUUUUUGAACAAGCCUCUGGUCAUACAUCAUGCCCACCGAGUCCUAAGCGGUGACCUCAAACAAGGGGAUCUUUGUCCAUGGCUCGCUUUGCUAAAUCGGCUACUGGCUCUGCAGCUCGGUCGACCUACGGCGAUACAUGAGACAGACUUUGCCGUACUGCUUCCCUCACGUAUUGAAACAAAUCCUAUUGAGGCAAACACGAAGGACAUGUCGCCUCAACUCGAGCUAGGAGAUAGCGAAAGCGAUGAUGGCGAAGAUACGACUCUGGGAGAAGAAAAUGGGGCGGAAUCAGAGCGGCAAGCUUCUACCAUGGACUAUUUUCUCUCAGUAAUUCAACUUUCUCGCAUUCUUGGGCAGGUGAUCCGGGAGCUAUAUCAUCCCACACAAGUCGAAGCCUCUUUGGAUGAUAUGCUAAUCAGUACUUCCACAAUCAAUGAGUCGCUUGUGGCGUGGAAAAUUUCCCUACCAUAUCAUCUCAGAUUCGAUUGGGGCCAUACCUUUGAGAAGUCGAAAACCUUCAAACGUCAGCGCGACAAUCUCCAUCUCUCUGGUCUGCUUGAAAAAAAUAGCAACCAAAUCGAUCGGGCGGAAAAGAUCUGUAUCAAUGAAGCCCAACAGACCGCGCGUUUGUUAUAUGACGUGGAUCAUGAGAGGAAUCUGAUACAGGAUUUUCCUUGGUGGCAGAUGGUCUCAUGCAUUUUAUGUGCAAGUUCAAUCUUGCUUGUCGCAGAUUCUUGCCUCAUCAAUGAGGGAAAUUGCGCAGAGAUGCUACAUCAAGAUUUCCGAAAAGAUGCAGAAAAUUGCUUAAAAGUGUUCGAGGCUCUCAGUGUCGAUUCUGAAGCUAUUCAGAGGGCGAAGACGAUGUUGAAAGGGGUAGCCGAGCGGCAACGUCUCACCGAUGCGCCCUGCAAGAUACGUGGAAAAUCUCAGCUACCUCCGGUAGAAGCACACGCCGUAAAUGCAUCACUAAACUUGCCUGUCGCCUCCAACAUUGAUACCGAUUCCGCUUUAGCUUUCCCUUUGGACUCAGUUGACAGCACUCAAAACGUCGACUGGCUGUCUCAGUGGCCAAGCGAAAUAUCUGACACAAUGCAGUGGUCUGCACAAUUUUUUGACGCAACAUUCGAUCCUGGACAGAGUAGCGGAGGAUCGCCGUAUGCAGAUGGCAAUGUUGAUAACAGCACCAUAGGAGCGUGA